AUGGUAAACUCUAAGUAUGUGGAUCCUAAAUUUCCUCCUUGCGAGGAAUAUUUACAGAACAGCUACUUAGCAGAGCAAGGCUCUGAUUUCUACAGCUCCCCGCAGGGCUCUGACUAUCAGCACCAAGCCAUCUACUCCCGGCCAAACUAUAGCGAAGAGUCCUUUAGCUGUAGCCAUGCACAGGGCUCUGCAGUGCAGCCUCGGGGUCAUGGGCAGGAGCCAAGCGGACCCCAGAACCAGUUCCCUGCUGCAGAAGACAACUGUCCACCUCCAGCCCCGGUCUCCAGACCCUGCAGCCAACAGCAGCACCCCAAAAAUGGGAGCCUCUCUAAGCAGCCUGCCAUAGUGUACCCCUGGAUGAAGAAAGUCCACGUGAACUCAGUCAAUCCAAAUUACACCGGAGGAGAACCCAAGCGAUCCAGGACAGCCUACACCAGGCAGCAAGUUCUGGAACUGGAAAAAGAGUUCCAUUUUAACAGGUAUCUGACCAGACGUCGCAGGAUAGAAAUCGCCCACAGUCUGUGCCUUUCUGAGCGACAGAUCAAAAUCUGGUUCCAGAACAGAAGGAUGAAAUGGAAGAAAGACCACAAACUGCCCAAUACAAAAGGAAGAUCUUCAUCCGCUCCUUCUCAGAACCUACACACUGUUACCAAGGACCAUCAGACUGAUCUCACCUCUUUAUAG